GGAUGGGGCCCGGGGGCGCCGGCUCCGUGUCGGCCGAGCACCUGGCCUCCGAGCUGCAGAUGUUCGGCCUGGACUGCGAAGAGGCGGCCUACGAGAAGCUGGUGGAGCUGUGUCCUCUGUACAGGAAGACGGAGGACGAGCUGGUGGCCGAGCUGGUGGCCUUUAGCAGCAACACCGGCAAAGUGUAUCUCACCUUGGAGAACCUCAACUCCUUCGAAAAUGAGUUUCUGACCAAAAGAAUCGCCAAAGCCCGGCACGGUGCCUCCAAGAAGGACAGCAGCCACCCGGGCACCUGGGACAUCGUCUCCAUUCAAGAGCUGAUUGAAGUUGAGGCCAAAGAAGAGACCCUGCUGAACUCUUACACCACGCCCUCCAAGGGUUCUCAGAAGCGCAGCGUCAGCACCCCCGAGACUCCCCAGUCCAAACGGAACGUGUCGGCGGCUCACAGCCCUCAUCUGCUCUUCUCCCCGUCCAGCUUCUCUCCCAGUGCCACGCCCUCUCAGAAGUACAGCUCCAGAAGCAGCCGAGGAGAGGUCGUGACCACCUUUGGCUCCGCACAGGGAAUGUCGUGGUCUGGGAAAGGAGGCGGUGGCAGCCUCCGUGUGAAAGUCUUGGACGCUGCCAAAGCCCUCACUGGGAGCUACAAAUCCAUGUUCCAGAAGCUCACCGACGUCCGAGAAGUUCUGACCUGCAGGAUUGAAGAGCUCGGCUGUGAACUGAAGGAGCUUCACCAGAUUGAGGCCUUCAAUCCCGUUUCUGUGCCAGCGCAGGAACCGAUCACUUUGCUGGGCCAGAUUGGUUGUGAUAGCAACGGGAAGUUGAACCCGAAAUCAGUGAUUCUGGAAGGAGAUCGGGAGCAUUCCCUGGGGGUGCAGAUCCCAGUGGAUCUCUCGGAGCUCCAGGAAUAUUCUCUGUUUCCCGGGCAGGUUGUCAUUAUGGAAGGGACCAACAGCACAGGAAAGAAAUUCAUCGCCACCAAACUCUACGAGGGAGUGCCUCUUCCUUUCUACCAGCCCACAGAAGAGGAUGGAGAUUCGGACCAGCGGAUGCUCCUGGUGGCCUGUGGGCCUUACACCACGUCGGACAGCGUCACUUACGACCCCAUGAUGGAUCUGAUCAGCGUCAUCGGCAGAGACCAGCCGGACGUCUGCAUUCUGUUGGGACCUUUCCUCGAUGCUAAGCAUGAGCAGGUGGAGAACUGUCAGCUGACCUCCACGUUUGAAGGCGUAUUCAGACACUGUGUGAGGACAAUUAUCGAAGGGACCAGAAGUUCGGGCACCCACCUCGUGUUCGUCCCAUCCCUGCGAGAUGCGCACCAUCACCCAGUGUACCCCCAGCCACCCUUCAGCCUCUCAGAGCUCCCCCAAGAGGACAAAAAGCGAGUCCACUUCGUGUCUGACCCCUGCACCCUCUCCAUAAAUGGAGUGAUUCUGGGCUUGACCUCCACGGACCUGCUGCUUCACAUGGGAGCGGAGGAAAUCAGUAGCUCAUCCAGCGCCUCAGACAGAUUCAGCCGCAUCCUCAAGCACGUCCUGACCCAGAGGAGCUACUACCCCCUGUACCCUCCCUUCGAGGAGAUGAGCGUUGACUACGAACAUUUCUAUUCUCACGCCCAGCUUCCAGUCACGCCGGACAUCUUCAUCGUUCCCUCUGACCUGAGAUACUUUGUGAAGGAUAUCUUGGGUUGUGUCUGUAUGAACCCUGGACGCCUCACCAAGGGGCAAGUGGGGGGCACCUUUGGGCGCCUGUACAUCAGCAGGCAGGCCGCCGACGGCAGUGGGAGGAAGAGCGCGUGCGCAGCGGCCCAGGUGGUCAAGAUCUGAAGCGAGUCUGGCCCCAAGAGGGCUGGCGUGAGGCCCCGGCCGCUGACGGCGCUGGAGGCCGGGGGCUCCCCUCCGGCAGGCCAGACCCCAGCAGCGCCUUUGGCCCUGGAGGAAGAAGCAGCCCCCCCAUAGGUGCACGGGGUCCACACCCAGCCAAGUCGGGACGUAAUCACUGUAUUUGGAGAAAGAUGGGGGGUGUUUUCUACAUGGGACAAAAACAAGACGUUUGUAAAAAUUAAAUUUCUUUACGAUCCAGCUUGGG